CGCGUUUUAAGUGACAAGGGAAAAAAAACUAUUGAGAUAGGACAGGUGUGCCAAUUUUAGGCCAUCUUUUAUGGUAAUGUGGAGAAGCUUAAGUAAAUAAGGUUGGUCCAAAGUCUGGUGCCACGUGCUGGACGUAUUGAUUGGUGCCACAACUGACAGAAACAUGGCGAGCCCCAAUUAUCGCCUCCAUUGACCGGCCGUCUGCCAGAGAAGGUGUCAAGGUCAAGCGGAUACUGUCCCCGUGGCGCGCGCACGCCGUUACCAUGACAACCAGGUCCCUGAUGGCGCUGACCUAUGCCAACCACCACACCAACACAGUGCUGAACAAACAGGCCAAGAACCGGCCUCUGGGGGACAUCGAACAACGCCUGAACUACACACCUGCCCAGCCUGUGUUGUCCUGUAGGACAGUGGCCAUUGACCUCAAUGGAACACGGACCUACCGGCCAAAGUCGUCAGAAGACAUCCUAGAGGAGCAGCAGAAGUUGAUCAGAACUAUCUACAGCAGACAAGAGAGCACAAGCCCCACGUCUGCUAGAAAUAUCUCAAGUACCCGGGCAAAAAUCCGACCCUCAUCAGAACCUGGACACCCAAGAAUUAACAUUGAGGUGAAAGGUCGACCUGUCACAGCACGAACUUAUGGUCUGUCUCCUAGAGUCAACAAAACACCUGUGCUCUCACCUAGGAGGUCAAAGUCAGUGAGGCUGUCUAAGGUCAGACCAGCGACCGAUUGUUUCAUGGUCAUCCACACUGACCAGGACAUCCUGAGCCACAGCAAGAGCAACAAGGUGCUGACCAAUCAGCUGCGAUCCUACUGGAGCUCGGAGACCAAUCAUCUGGCGCAAGGCGUCUUUAUGAGAGGUCAGAGACGGCCUGAUGAUGUCCCUCCAACCUUAGAGGCCUGGUUGACCUUCGGAGGAGCUGGGAGGGGAGAUGGUGUCAUUGACGCUUUUGCAAGUUUUAAAGGUGCGGAAGAGUACUACAACAUAGAAGGUACUGUAGGGAACACAGUGGCACAACAGCUACAGAAAGGGGGCGCUGUCAGGAUAGGAAUCAAUGGGGAUCUUCUCUCUCAAGAUUUGAAGGUCAGAAAGAGAUCACAGGAACAAAAAAAAGAAAGUUCAGUUGAAGAUGAUUUUCAGGAUUUCAUGUUGAAUACACUGGACCAACAGAGAGAAAACAUGGACAACAUGCAAACUGGCAAGUCUGGUACUACCACACCCAGUGGCCAGGAAAACAAAACUUCUGCUGCACCAAUUCCUCUAAGCUGGGAUGAUCAGUGCUCAAAACCAGAUGUAAAGAUCAUCCGUCCAGUGACAUCUGCUGGACAAGUUCUCGUGCCGGUGAUGUCUGAGACCAUUCCCGUUAAGUUUGAAAAAUUGAUCAAUCGAAAUUUAAAACCCCAGCAGACAACAAACCAGACUGAGGGAUAUCGCAUUAAACAGAGAUCUAAUCGAGCCAGCUCUGCCAAGGUGAAGGUCGUUUACAUAGAUCCUCUUACCAAAGAGGAUGAUGAAAAACUGAAUGGAAUGUCCGUGGAAGAAAUUGUCAACUUCAAACUGGACAAACUUAACAUAGAUAACACAGCCAUCUCUAUACACCAAAGCCUGCAUGGACACAACAGCAGCGUACCUACGGUUAGUGACCCCAGCACAGGUCAUGACCCACACAUGGGUCAGCCUCCAAGCCCACGUACUAUCAAAAACGGCACCAAGACCAGUCGGCCCAAUUCAAACACAAGUCAGAAAAGUGAGAGGACUGCCAGCCCCAGGAUGAAAACUGUCCCUGUGCACCCGUCCAAGCUGCAACCUCCCCCCACCAACCUCAGUAUUGUGGCCAACGGGGCCCAUCAGCCAGCCAAUGAGCCAACAAAACCCACAACUGAGCCGACAAAACCCACCAAACCACAUGGUAAACUCAGCCCGUCAAAACCACUUCACCGCACUGGCCUGGGGGUCGCCAUGAAAACACCCCCCACCCUAGUGGACGCGGAGUUCAUCACCAUCACCUCCCAGAUCAGGGCCGCCCCAGGGAGCCUCACCUCCCCCGCCCCAGGGAGCCUCACCUCCCCCAGGUCCCAAGCUUCCAGUGAUGGCUCUUAUAAUUUCUCCCCUGGCAGCAACACUCCAAGGGGAGUUAAUGACCCAGAGCAGGAAAAAAUUCCCAGUAACAUCCCUUUGAUUAAUGUCAACAACAAAGAACCAACAGCAUUGCAGAAUGACAGGAGCAGUAACCAUGGCAACAGCGCUCAGCAGGCAGGUGAAGCUGCUGUAAAUGGUGAGGAGGUCCAUGACAGCAAGGAGCCACAGCAAAAAGGGGCUGAGCCUGUGGUCACCAUGCUAGCAAUAAACAUACCUACAGCUGACGACCUCUCGGACAGAGAGUCUCCAGCUCACUUGGAAGACUAGACCACCAACAGUAUUUCACUGCGGGCCAUAUAAUUUAAGUAUAAUAAUAAAUGGCCAGAACAAUGCAUAUAAAUGUGACACACACUUAAUGUGAAUUUCUAAAAAGUGACCAGCACAAUUUUCCACUACUAUACAGUAUUUCACUUAGUGCCAUACUUUUUUUCUUUGUUAAAAGUUUUUGUGUAAUGUUAUGUAUUUAUUAAUGCUGCUAAAUUCACUGAAUGACAAUUUUGUGUUGAAUGUACAUUUUGUUCCUGUUGGUCUUUGAGAAAAACUUAUUUAUGGCUGAAACUCAUGUGCCUUAUUGAGCCAGCGUUAUGUUCGAUGUAGAUUAUCUGUAUUAGUGUGGUGAUUGGUGUUACUAUUGUAGCUAGAUGCUUUUAUUUUGUUGAAGCAUAAACAAAUCCAAAAGUCUGAACACACAUAAUUUAUGGAUGCUCCUAAACCUAAUCAAAUGUUAGGGUCACCAUGGAGAACUUUCCUUACCAGAUUCCUUCCUUUAAAUCUACCGGUUCCUUGUACCCUAGCUCUAGUAUAGUAAAGUCCUUGUGAGAUAGAGCUAAAGUAGCAUACUCACAAUCUUUAUCAUCAGUUAGUUUAUGACAAGCAAGCAAGUGAAUUAAUUUCAUUUAGUCAAAACUAUAGCCAUUGGUUGUUACUAGAGCAGACUAACCAAUCAGAACCUCUUUCUUACAGCAAUAAUACAAUGUCAACACAGCAACACAUUUUAGUAGUGAGUUUAUUUACAAUUUACAGUGGAUCUGUGAGUGUGUGUGAGUGAUGUGUAACAUCAUGAUGUUAGCCAGCACCAUCAUCACUGUUGUUGUCUGGGAUGUCAUCUUUUUGUUUCAUUUUCUCCAGCUUGGAAAUCAGUUCUGAAAAUAUUUGAUAAUCUAUCAGAUACUAAUCAAUCAAUCAGGUUACAGACACCAUCUUUGGUUAAGGUAGCACUAAUGUAUUUAGAUCUACAGCUCUUGAGCUGAUUAAAGAUCUAGAGAUAAAACAUAAGGACAGAACUUAUAUCUACAUCACUUGAGUUGAUUAAAGUGUAGGGAUGGAGCUUAUAUCUACAUCACUGGAGCUGAUUAAAGAUCUAGAGAUAAAGUGUAGGGAUGGAACUUAUAUCUACAUCACUUGAGUUGAUUAAAGAUCUAGAGUUAAAGUGUAAGGACAGAACUUGUACCUUUAGCAGGGUUGUAUAUUCCACCAGUUGGUUCUCCACAUACAAAACAACGCUUGGACUUUUUGUACAAAUCUAAGGCACAUUUUUCACAGAAGUAGUGUUUACACCUGCAACAGUAAAAACAGUCAUGCAGAAGGUAGGAAAACCAAGAAAAGUGACAUCUGUUUUCCUCUGGUCACUACUGUGUUAUCUGUACUAACUCAUGUUCUUAAACUCAGCAACAUGAGUUUAAAUAGGUUCAAUGCAUGAAUUCACAUGACUAUUUUUGUAUCCACUAUUGCUAACAUCUUUUAACAAAACUGCCUGACAUAGCAGAUUCAAGAAGAAAGCAAAAAAAACCUUUGUAACAUGCAUAUGUGACUAAUGACAUUAGGCUGUUUUAGUAGUAUAAAGAUUACACAAGCAGUGUGAAACCUUGCCUUACUAUCUAACCCUACAGUAUUUCACACAAGGUGCCAAGUUGGGACAAUAUGUUUUUGACCAUCACCUGUUUAUCAACCGUCCUAUUUAUUUUCUUACAGUCUCAUUUGUUUUGUUUAGAGUAGAAGCAGGAUAGUCAAUUAUAUGUCUAUUAAAACACAAAUAGUGUUGUUUAUUUUUAU